AUGGUGGCCCAACUAGGUCUGGCCUUCUGCACCACUAUGGUCGUGGCGCGUGGGGGAUUCACUGACCUGGAAAACUUUAUGCGCGUCUUAGGAUCCCUGGACCCCAACACUUCCUCCGUGAACUACUUGAACGGUUCCGUUUACUUCCGGCAGCCUGGCUCGCCUCUCGUAAAGGCGUUCAACUACGAGGGCUACAACAUUAACCGGAAGCAGCGACAGUCUGACGGGAGCUUCCUAUCGCUCUCCCGGGAGUUUGUCGUCUACCGUCAUCCUAACACUUCACAGAUAAUACAGGUGUGGAUCAACCCUAUAUCCGGUCAGCCUAACGAGGUGUUUACCGUCAUGAACGACCCGGUGAACGCCCUUCUGUCCAGCCCCUCCCCCAGCUUCAUCGUCCCCGCCGACCGCCCGGCGUACCGGAUAUACAACUCCGACAUCGUCCUCGAGUACCGCAACCCUCUACAGCCGGACGCCUACCCCCGCUACUCGGCCGACCCAUGGUAUGAUUCUGUGGAACUAUUCGCCUUCUUUGCCAACUACUCGCUGCUAAUGGCGUCCACGACCGAUAGCGUUCCGAUGACAGGGACGUGGAUGCGGAAGUCCGAGUACCUGCCGUGGAUGGAACUGGGAACCAGCCCGGGGGAGCUGUACUAUACCACCCUCGCCUGGAAGUGCAUGGACGGUCUUGCGUGUGUGGCGGAAGAUAUUAUGAACAUAAUUAAAGAGAAUUACACGAAGUACCUACGGGCGCCGAUCACGGAAGAAGAGCCAAACGAAACCUCGUGGACAGUAUUUAAGAAAGUUAUUGGCCAAAGACGCGAAGCCGGUUUACCGGACAUAAUUAUUCCGCAAGUGAACGCGUCCACAGGCGUUCGAGACAUGGUGUACGAUGUCGAUAAGCGUGUGCUGAGUGUCUUGAACAAGUGGCCGUUGAACGUCAAAUUUAACGGCACAGCGUGGUCGGAGAUCCCCGGGAAACAGACGGUCCCACUCUAUGAUAUGCGGGGGAACAUGGAUGUGGACCUGGAGCGCAUACCGGAAGGCGGCGGCUGGCGACUCCAGCUGGACGGCCUCAUCUACCUAUUGAACCACACAACUGGCGAGCCGCUGAUACUGUUCUUCAACCCCAUUACCGGCCGGGUAGUCUACAACCAGUACAUAAUACAGGAAGUGGGCGUCGACCUGAUUUUCCCUAAAGACUCGUUCUACUCCAUGGACAUAUUUUCCUCGGAGGUCGUUGGUCUGAUCGGAGCGCAGGGCACAGACGACGGAGCGCUGGACGGUGCUGGAAACUGGACCGUGAAUAUGCUCAACGCAAUAUUCCCCUGGGAAGAGCUAGCCAAAAACACGUCGACGUUUUAUGGCACGUUUGCGACAUUCGCGUCGUGGCCAGACUGGACAGAGAUGACGAACGUUCCCGGAAACAUCGUCGAAAAAUUUACAUUCAGUAACGCAAACUUUUGA